AUGAAAAUAGAUGAGAAUGAUUAUACAGAAGGUUGGGAUACGACAACUGGUGAUGAUGAUGAUGAUAAUAAUGAUAAUGAUGAUGAAUAUAUGUAUGAUGAUCGAGCUGAUCAUUCAUCAGAUACUGUAAGAAGUGAAUCAUCUUCACCGGUAUGGUUACAAGGAUCGGAUGAUUACAAUAUGGUAACAGGACAAAAAAUAGGACCACAACGAAUUUAUUUAAACAGGAAAAAACCCAGUCAAAUAGUAACACGUCUGAACAAGGAUAAACGAGUGCAAACUGAUGAGGAAGCAUUAAUGCAUUGGACAAGCAAAGAUGAUAAUUUCGAUAGUUCAGAAUCAAUGAUGGAAUCAGAAAUGAUUGAUGAUGGUUGGAUGAUAAGCAAACGACGGCGUGUUAUCACUAAUGGUGGUGUUAAUGUUAUCAGCUAA